AUGGACAAAAGGGCUACUGGGGCUGCUGCCACGUCUCUAGUAAUCCCUGAGAAGUUCCAGCACAUUUUGCAAGUACUCAACAACAAUACUGAUGAGCAGCAUAAUAUUGCUUUAGCCAUUACAGCAAUUAAGGGUGUGGGGCAAAUAUUUGCUCAUGUGAUGUUGAGGAAAGCAGACAUCGACCUCCCCAAGAGGGCAGGAGAGCUCACUGAGGAAGACGUGGAAGGUGUGAUCACCGCUAUGCAGAAUCCACACCAGUACAUGAUCCCAGACUGGUUCUUCAAUGUGAAGGAUGGAAAACACAGCCAAGUCUUGGCCAAUGGUCUGGACAACAAAUUUCAUGAAAACCUGGAACAAAUGAAGAAGAUUUGGGCCCACAGAGGGCUGUGCCACUUCUGGGGACUUUGUGUCCGAGGCCAACACACCAAGACCACAGGCCACCAUGGUUGCACCAUGCAUGUGUCCAAGAAGAAAUAA